AUGAAGAUGGGGAAUUCUACAGCUGUGACUGAAUUCUUUCUGGUGGGACUUUCCAAAUACCCAGAGCUCCAGCUUCUUCUGUUCACGCUCUGCCUCAUCAUGUAUGUGAUAAUUCUGCUGGGAAAUAGCCUCCUCCUUGUCAUCAUCAUAUUGGAUUCUCGCCUCCACACCCCCAUGUACUUCUUCCUCGGGAACCUCUCAUUCUUGGACAUCUGCUACACAUCAUCAUCCAUUCCCCAGAUGCUUACCAUAUUUAAGUCUCGGAGAAAAUCUAUCUCCUUCAUUUGUUGUGCUCUGCAGAUGGUUGUCUCCCUUGCGUUGGGCUCCACUGAGUGUGUCCUCUUGGCUAUGAUGGCCUAUGAUCGAUAUGUGGCCAUCUGCAACCCACUGAGGUACCCCAUCAUCAUGCACAGGGUGCUCUAUGUGCACAUGGCUGCUUGGUCCUGGAUCAUAGGCUACCUAAACUCCUUAGUGCAAAUAGUCAUGGCAAUGAUAUUGCCUUUCUGUGGGAAUAAUGUCAUUGACCAUCUUACCUGUGAGGUCCUGGCCCUUCUGAAACUCGUGUGUGCAGACAUUUCCAUGAAUGUGUUCAUCAUGACUGUGGCAGGUAUUGUUUUAUUGGUGAUUCCUCUGCUGUUAAUUUUCAUUUCCUAUGUUUUUAUCCUCUCUUCCAUCCUGAGAAUUAAUUCUGCUGAAGGGAGAAAGAAAGCUUUUUCUACCUCCUUUUCUACCUGUUCUGCCCACCUGACUGUGGUUAUCUUAUUCUAUGGCUCAGCCCUUUUUAUGUACAUGAAGCCCAAGUCAAAGGACACUAAUACUUCUGAUGAGAUCAUUGGCCUGUCUUAUGGAGUGGUAACCCCAAUGAUGAAUCCCCUCAUCUACAGCCUGAGGAAUAAAGAGGUGAAAGAAGCCGUGAAGAAAGUCCUAAGCAGACACCUGAAUAUACUGAAAUCAUGA